AUGCAGCAAAUUCUUCUGUUUAGAGCCAAAACUUUUUUUGGCUUUAUAAAUAAAAUAUAUGUGCUCUUUUCAGCGUCAAGUAAACGCUGGGAGCUUGUUAAAUCUAAACUAAAAUUAUUGACGUUAAAAUCGCUCUCUGAGACAAGAUGGGAGAGUCGGAUUGGAGCAGUUAAAGCAAUAUUUUUGCAAUUUGAUGAUAUCAUAGACUGUGUAAAUGAUCUACAAGAUAGAGAUUCUGAUACUCUCAGUGACUGUGAAGCUAUCCUUAAUGAAAUAUUCACUUUCGAGUUUGUGGUUGCAAUACACGUUUGGUACGAAAUUUUGCUACGUGUCAACAAUAUAAGCAAACUAUGGCAGUCGGUUGAUGUUAACUUAAAGGGCGCCGUUGAUAAUUUAAAUUCUUUUUGUAACUGGAUACAAGAAUAUCGUAAUACAGGAUUUGAAGAAGCUGUGGCAAAAGCUCGAUUGCUUGUAGAAAAAAGUAGUUAUGAAAUCCCGACACAAUUCAAAGACAAAAGAAUAGCGCGAGAGAAAAGAAUGUUUGGGUAUGAACAAAUUGAUGAACUUAUGCAAUCUACUGAAAUACAGUUCAAAGUUGACUUUUUCAUUACUAUGGUAGAUUCUAUCAUAGCUGACACUAAACGUCGAUUUAAAGCACUUAACAAAUACUUCGAACGAUUUUGUUUUAUUUACGACAUAAACUAUUUGAAAUCUCUAUCAAAAAAAGAUCUGCACAAGCAUUGUAAGGAUUUGACCACAAUACUACGGCAAGGUGAAAAAAAGCGACAUUCAGCCCUUCGAGAUAUUUGGGGAACUCCAGCUUUUCAGGUCUAA